AUGUCAAGAACAACGUCACCGGCACCCAGAGACGAGCCCAUGGAACAAGAAGAACCAUUACUGGCGGUCUUGGAGGAGGUGGAAUCACUCACGGAAGAUCUUACUCUCUCUGGCGACACAGAGAAUGCCGAGAAAGCUCGAAAAGCGCAUCAGCGGUUGAUAAAGACGGUAAGUUCUUACCGAACCAAUGCACAACGCUGGGUAAUUUUGGAUCGACUAAUCAGUGAACAUGGGGGCAUUGAUAAUGAAAUAAAGCAUGCCGCAGAAAAAAUCCAAACCAAAAUCACAGCGCGUCAGGCGGAGGCGCUGGCAGCACCUUGCCUAGAGCAUUGGAAAAAAGUAACACAAGAAUGGAAUAGAGUAACCUCGGCCCAAAUCCCACCAAACCCAAAAGGUCUCCCGUAUGCGCAAGCGAACCUGCUUCACAGCCUGCGAAAAAUGGGGAUCGUUGAUGAAGACGAUCUCAAGCAGUUCUUGAGGCGAGAGGCGGAUAAAAUCUCCAGCAUGACUUCUGAAAAUAAAAACCUAUGUCGUCAGGUCGAGCAAAAGGAAGAAGAGCGGAAACAGAUGCUGAAGGAACGACGAGCGAUGGAGGAGAACUUCGUGCGAGAUAAGAACUCUAUGGAGGUGCUGAUCGCCAGCAGAGAAGAGCAAAUCAGGAAGCUGAAGGAGCAAAAGGGUAUGGGAACACCAAUCUGGUCUAAAUCCAAUGGUGACUCCUUACAGCAACGCGAAACUCUGGAGGUGGAACCCAAGCAGGCGCCAGUCGACUGUACAAAGACGGGUACGCCUACUCCCGAAGGUCGGUUUCGUUUUAAUUCUGAGAGAUCCCGGGGGGGAGUAGAGAGGGAGCCCACACCACCCCCAAUUCGACAACAAAGGAGAAGCGGUUCCCCGAAUCCGAGUGA